GUAUAAGCAGCAUUGCUAUAAAUACUGCCCAGAAAAUACCUACAGAGAUGAAAGUUCUCUGCAGUGUAGAGAGUGUCCUAGCAACUGUGAUAGCUGUGACAAGGACAAGUGUGACUCAUGUAAGGAAGGCUUUUAUCUCUCAGGUGGCACAUGUGUGAGUGAGUGUGGAGAUGGCUUCUUCACUGAUGGCAUCUCUAGAGAAUGUGAACCUUGCCACAGGAGCUGUGCAACAUGUGUUGGGUACAGCUACGAGAACUGUACUGGGUGCAAAAACAGUUUCCAGCUAUCUCGUGGGCAGUGUCUGAAUCCAAGAAAUUCUCCACCCAAUGGGAAGUUCUGGAGUGAUGCAAAAAAAAAAUUGCAGUCCUGUGACCCUUCAUGUAAGACCUGUGAGAAAUCUGCUGACAUAUGUACUUCAUGUCCAGAAGGAACAUUUCUUAUCCAUGAUACCUGUGUUUCUCUGUGCCCUCAAAAAACUUUUGGCAAUGUUGCAAGUGGAAAGUGCGAGAUGUGCAUGGAUGGCUGUGAAGUGUGCUCCAACCACUGGCACUGUCAGAAGUGUCAGGCUGAACAAGACCAGCUGCUCUUCCUCCACAAAGGCAGAUGUUUUGAAUGCCCUGAGGGAUAUUUUAAUGAUUCUGAGACUUGCAAGGAAUGCAGUGGAUCCUGUAAGACAUGCAUGGGAAGUGCAACCAAAUGCCUGUCCUGUAAAAGUCCUUUGCUUCUGGAGCAGUGGAAAUGUAAACCUACCUGUUCAGAGAAGCAUUUUGCCUCUGAAGGAAUCUGCAAACGCUGCCCUGAAAUGUGUCAGGAGUGCAUUCACAAUCAAACGUGCAAAGAGUGCAUGGACGAGUUCUUCCUGCACGAGGGGAAGUGUGUGCAGGACUGCCCUUCUCACUUCUAUGCUGAAGACAAGCACUGCUUUCCCUGCCAUGCAGACUGCAAGGAUUGUGACGGGCCAGACUCAGAUGACUGCACGGAGUGCACCAUCAGCUUCUUUGUCCUCUACAAUGGCAUGUGUUUUGAAAAGUGUCCUGAAGGGACUUACUAUGAAGAAGCCACUGAAGACUGCCAAGCAUGCAACAGGACAUGCCAGACUUGUUCUUCUUCCACUGCCUGCCUUGCUUGCAGAAAUGGCCUGAUGCUGAACCAUGAUGGGCACUGUGUGGCACCUGGUUACUGCUCUCGCACUGAGUACUACGUUGAGAAAACUCAGACCUGCAAGCUUUGUCAUAAGAAAUGUUUCCACUGCUCAGGACCCACUGAACACCAUUGUCUUAGCUGUGCAAAUAACCGCUAUCUUCUCAAUACAACUUGUGUUGAAACAUGCCCAGAGGGGUAUUAUGUUGACAGCAAUGAGCGACAAUGUUCCCCAUGCCACAGCACCUGCCUCGCUUGCACUGGAAAACACAGCUCACAGUGCCUUUCCUGCAAACCAGGCUGGUACAGACAAGGAAAAGGAUGUGUAAACCAGUGUCCAGCAGGAUAUUUUGCACAAAACUCCACUGGAUCAUGUGAGAGAUGCCACAAGGGCUGUAAGGAGUGUAUGGGGCCUCAACCCACAGACUGCCUUUUCUGUGAUACAUAUUUCUACCUGUUGCGCUCCAAGAACAAAUGUGUCAGCUCUUGUCCCGAGUAUUACUACGAAAGCAAGGACAACAAUGUCUGUGAAAGAUGCCACCCUUCCUGCCGAACUUGUGAAGGAAAGGGAGCAUUCAGCUGCACAUCUUGUGUAUGGAGCUACAGUUUAUUAAAUGGAAUGUGCAACUCAGACUGUUUUGUAGGUGAAUACAAAGUCCAGGAGACACCAGGACAAGAGCCCAAGUGUGAGAGAUGUGACAGCUCAUGCACUGAGUGCAAGGGACCUGGGCCUCGCAACUGCACGAUCUGUCCAGCCAGCAUGCAGCUCUACCUGGAGGAAAGCCGCUGCCUGCCCUGCUGUGGUGACUCUGACCUGGCAGGCACCCUAGACUGCUGUGACUGUAGUGAAACACAAGAUGACUGUGUAUUACGGACCACUCUACCACCAGAGAGAAAAAGCAAAACUACUUUCUUUGUUAUUACCUGCAUUUUGUUUCUCCUUGUCAUUGGAGCCAUUGUAUUCAUCUGGAGAAAAUCACGAGCCAAAACCCAAGCUGUCAAUAAAGGUGGGUAUGAGAAGCUGACAAAUCACUCCAAAACCUUUCCUUCCUACAUGAGAAACUACCAUGAGAGUACCAGUUACCAGGAAGAUCAAGUGAUUGAGUACAGAGAUCGAGAUAAUGAAGAUGAUGACGAAGAAGAUGACAUUGUAUAUAUGGGCCAGGACGGCACAGUCUAUCGCAAAUUUAGAUAUGGACUUUUGGAGGACAACGAGGAAGAUGAGCUUGAAUAUGAUGAUGAAAGUUACUCAUUUAGAUAA